GCUUCACUAGAACUUUUACCAACACAUCGACUUCAUGGCAGAGUUAUUUUUGGAUCCUGCAAUCCGGUCUUGGGUCUUUCUACCUUUGGUGAUUAUCACUUUCCUGUUUGGAAUAAUUCGGCACUACAUGACGAUAAUAUUCGCAAGUGAAAAGAAAGCCGGAUUGGAAAGUGUCAGUGAUGGUCACGCCUUGUUAAGAAGUCGUUUGCUGCGGGAAAACGGAAAGUAUAUCCCCACUAGAGCCUUUAAAAUGCGCAAACAUUUUUUCAAUGACAAGGAAACCGGUUUUUUCCGGAAUCAAAGAAGAGAGAAUUCUGUUGGUAACCCAAUGACUGAUCCAUCCAUGGUAUCAGAAAUGUUGAAGGGGAAUGCUGUCAACAUGGUUCCGAUGAUCGUCAUCGGUAGUUGGAUCAAUUGGGCUUUUUCUGGCUUUCUGACGACCAAGGUCCCCUUUCCGCUUACGUACAGGUUCAAACCCAUGCUUCAAAGGGGCUGUGAAUCCUUGACUUCUUUGGAUGCUUCUUGGGUCAGUUCUGCUUCAUGGUACUUCUUGAACAUCUUCGGUUUGAGGAGUAUGUACGGGCUUGUGUUGGGGUCAGACAAUGCUGCGGAGCAGCCAUUAUUCAUGGCGGAUCAUGCUGCACCCGCAGCGCAGCCCCCACAGGAUAUGCAAAAGGCAUUUAAAGCCGAGUGGGAAGCUUUGGAGAUGGUUGACCACCAAUGGGCCUUGUCGGAUAUCGAAUCUCGCCUCCUCGCUCAUUCUUGUUGACCUCAAACCUUGUUCCUUUCUGACACUGCAUGUCAUGCAUAUGUUUUACCCUGCUAUGUUUCAAAUUGGUUUUACUUGUCAAACCGCACUUUUUGUUUCCCUGUGUUGUAGCUGGCUAGAUGCCAGCAAGCUUCUGCUCCAUAGCUUUCAGCGUUAACACAGUUGAGGAUCUUGUGCGCAUUCAUGACCUGAUUCACGGUAAACAACUGUUUUGCGCUUUCGCAGCUACUUAAACCAGGUUGCCUAACACAAUCUCGUGAUCUCUCGGAUUUUCUGUUUACAUACUGCCCCG